AUGACUGAGUUGUCCUCAGCAUACACUAUUCGGAUCUUGCCCAUUGAUUGCCUUCCAAAGUUUCACUUUCUUGACCUAUUUCAGAAGAUGUUAAAGACAUUCUUGUGCUUAAGAAUCAAAGAAGUGGAAGUGAAAAAAGAUACAGAGGACAUUAAUAAACCAAAAAAGUUCAUGACUUUCAAGGAAAAGAGAAAAACUCUAUCAAGAAUGCAGAGAAAGUGGAAGAAAGCAGAAGAGAAACUAGAGCGAGAGCUACUGGAGGCAGAAGCUUCAGAGAGCACAGAGAGAAAACUUAAACUGCACACGGAGACUUUGAAUAUUGUGUUUGUGACCUACUUCAGAAUAUUGAAGAAGGCCCAGAGGUCACCUCUCCUGCCAUCAGUUCUAGAAGGCCUUGCCAAGUUUGCUCACCUUAUAAAUGUGGAGUUUUUUGAUGAUUUAUUAGUAGUACUGCAUACUCUCAUCGAAUCUGGUGACCUGAGCUAUCGAGAAAGCCUUCACUGCGUCCAGACCGCUUUUCAUAUUCUUUCUGGGCAAGGUGAUGUUCUGAAUAUUGACCCCAUGAAAUUCUAUACACAUCUGUAUAAAACACUGUUCAAGUUACAUGCAGGUGCUACCAAUGAAGGUGUCGAGAUUCUACUCCAGUGCCUUGACGUCAUGCUAACUAAGCGCAGAAAGCAGGUUUCUCAGCAGAGAGCCCUUGCUUUCAUCAAGCGUCUUUGUACCCUUGCUCUUCACGUUCUUCCAAAUUCAAGCAUUGGCAUUUUAGCAACUAACAGAAUAUUAAUGCAGACUUUCCCAAAAACAGAUCUGUUGCUUGACAAUGAGUCUCAGGGAAGUGGGGUUUUCCUUCCUGAACUGGAUGAACCCGAGUACUGUAAUGCUCAGAACACUGCACUUUGGGAAUUGCAUGCACUACGGAGACAUUACCAUCCCGUCGUGCAGAGAUUUGCAGCUCACCUGAUCGCCGGAGCCCCCUCUGAAGGCUCAGAAGCACUCAAACCGGAGUUGAGCCGGAGAUCUGCUGCAGAACUUUUUGAGACCUACAGCAUGGCUGCAAUGACAUUCAAUCCUCCUGUUAAAUCUUCAAGUUCCAAAAGGAAGAGUGAAGUUUUACAAGGGGAUUCAUUUUUGAAUGAAGAUUUAAAUCAACUAAUCAAAAGACAUUGCAGUGAAGUAGCUACUCACUUGCCUCUGGAUUUCACCAAAUAUUUGAAAACAUCACUACGGUAGUAGAAGAAGGAAUUUGCCCUCAAACUUACCCUCAAUUCCUUGAUGACCUCACGCGACCUUCCAUUAUUUUGCAAAACAACCAAUUCCAGAUGAACAGGUGACCAGGAGGAAGUCAGUCUAUUUCUUCGGCAUCACAGACCAGUUGGAUUCUUACCUAUUCCUUUUUCACCAGCUAUACAUAUUCUGUAAAGUUGUCAUCACCCAACAGUAACAGAAC